AUGGCUACCUCUAGCGUCCUCGUCUUUGAUGCUGCGGGUCGGGCUGUUGACUUUGAGGUCUGGGUCAAUGAUCUGCAGCUUUUCCUACAGUGCGAUAGGAAAGACGGUCUCUCACUGUUCGAUCUCACGUCUGACGCCUCUCCUGCCCCUGCUGCCGAUGCUGACAGCACUGUUCGCUCACAGUGGGCCACACGCGAUGCUGCUGCCCGUCUUGCUAUGCGUAGUCACUUGCCGUCCACUGAGCGCGCGCACUUUAGUCAGUACAAGAGUGCUAAGACCUUGUACGACGCAGUCAUUGCACGCUACUCUUCCCCUGCCACUGCUGCCCUUAGCCGCCUCAUGCUGCCGUACCUGUUCCUUGACCUAGCUGCCUUUCCCACAGUCGCUGACCUCAUUACGCACCUUCACACUAGUGACACCCGGUACCGCGCUGCGCUUCCUGCUGAGUUCUGCGCCAAGAACCCCCCCCCCAUGUACAUCACCCUCUACUACAUAGUCACCCGACUCCCUGACUCCCUUCGUCCAGUCAGGGACCACUUCCUCUCUGUUUGCCCCACCACACUCACUGUUGACCUCCUCGAGGAGCGCCUCCUAGCAGCUGAGAAGAGUAUAGUCGCUGUAGGAGCCUCUCGUGGUGACCCUCGUGCCCCCUUCUUUGAGGGGUACUCCCCCUCCCCCCUUUUGCCCUCUGUUGCCUCUGCUGCUGCCGUCGACUUCGUUGGCACCGAGUCGGGCCUGGCGGGGGUGGUGGAGGUGGCGGUGGAGGCGGCGGAGGGAGUGGGGGUGGCGGUGGGAGUGGUGGCGGGGGUGGGGGCUUCGGUGGCGGCGGUGGAGGCGGAGGCGGCGGCGGCGGUGGCGGUGGGAGCGGGGGAGGAGGCGGUGGCGGCGGUGGCGGAGGUGGUGGCGGCGGCGGUAGAGCUGGUCGGGGUGGCUCUGCGCAGCGGGGCAGCUUCGGUGGUGCGGGGUGGGGGUGCUGGUCCUUGUGCCUCCGUCCUGCGUACCGGCGACCGCACUGGUGAGCCGUGCGGUGGGCCGCACACCACCCAGCGCUGCUUCGGCCGCCUGACGGACACUUGGCGUCUCCAGUUCCCUGACGCCACAGAGAUCCCCCGCUGGGGCGAGCUGCUUAGGUCGGGGGUUGCUAUCUUUGAUCUGGAUUAUGAUGCUAUUCUUGCUGCCAUGUAUGUUGUGUCUACUAGUGAUGAGGGUGACUGUUACCUGUGUGUUCCGCCUGACCCGGGCAUUGAGGCUGCUGCUCUAGGUGCUGGUGAGGUUGCUGCUCUAGGUACUAGUGAGUCUACUGCCCCAAGUACUGGUCUCUACCUCCCCUCGUUCCCCACGAACUUAGUGAGUGGAGCUGAUCUACAAGAUGGGGGGGUUGACCAGUUCACUCCUGCGAGUCAGCGAGUGACCCACUGUACGUGUGCUCGGACGGGCCGCCACUUGGACACGUUUACCCGUCAGCCGGGGUCGAGCCUACUCUCCUCUGGCACCACCGCCUUGGUCACCCCUCCUUGCCUCGUCUCCAAGGCAUGGCCUCCCGUUACCAUGUCUCUGGUCUCCCCCGCUCCCUCCCUCCUCUUCCUCCGGGGCCUGCCCCUACCUGCGUUCCCUGCGUCGAGGGGUCACAAGCGUUACUUCCUCUUGGUGGUUGACGACUACUCGCGUUACACCACGGUGAUCCCCUUGCGCAGCAAGGGUGACGUCACUGGGGUGUUGAUCGACUGGAUCCGCGCAGCUCGUCUCCAGCUCAGGGAGAGUUUCGGCUCGGACUUUCCUGUUCUGCGUCUGCACUCUGACAGAGGCGGGGAGUUUUCCUCUACUCUUCUCGGAGCCUUCUGUCGUGCACAGGGCAUCCACAAAACGUUAACGCUUCCGGCCUCUCCACAGCAAAAUGGGAUUGCUGAGCGCCGCAUUGGCAUGGUAAUGGACGUCGCUCGUACGUCCAUGAUCCAUGCGGCUGCUCCCCAUUUUCUGUGGCCAUUUGCGGUUCGGUACGCGGCACAUCAGAUCAACCUUCAGCCCCGGGUCUCCUUGCCAGAGACCUCCCCCACCUUGCGGUGGACGGGGAAGGUUGGCGAUGCGUCUCCAUUCCGUGUCUGGGGAUCUCGGGCGUUUGUCCGCGACUUGUCUGCGGACAAGCUGUCCCCCAGUGCUGUUCCCUGCGUCUUCCUUGGCUUCCCCCCUGAUGCGCGUGGUUGGCAGUUUUACCACCCCACCUCGCGCCGUGUUCUGUCCUCCCAGGACGUCACCUUUGACGAGUCGGUUCCUUACUACCGUCUCUUCCCCUACCGCACUGCGCCCCUUCCCAUGCCGCCCCUCUUCCUCGCGCCAGGUCCCCCCCCCGGUAGACCCUCUCCCCCCUCAGGGUCCUGCCCCGUCAGGGUGCUGAGUCCGGGGGUGCUGAGCCUGAGGGUGCAGCGCGUGGGGGGUGCUGAGCCUGGGGGUGCGGAGCCUGGGGGUGCUGGGUCAAGGGGUCCUUCGGGUACUCCGUCUCGGCGGGAGCUACCCUCUCCACAGGAGCUGCACGAGUGGUUUGCCAGGCACUGUAGUCGUGCUGCUGGAGCUGGAGGUGCUCGUACUGGCGGUACUGGAGCUGCUGGGACUGGGGGUGCUGCUGGGGCUACUGGAGUUGGUCCUGCUGGAGGUUCUGCUAGUGCUGUUGGGGGUACUGGAGCUGCUGGUGCUGCUAGGGGUACUAGAGCUGCUGGGGGUGCUGGUGCUGGAGGUAUUGCUGGCGCUGGUGCUUCUGCUGGUGCUGGAGUAAGCGCUGCUGGAGCUAGAGGUGCUGCUGGCGCUGGUGCUGCCACUGGGGUCGCGGUCACAGUUAGAGCCUGCCUCCCCACUGCUGCUCCUUCUCCCUACACUGGCCCUACUAGAGGUCUUGCUGAGCGUCGUGCGCCUGCGUCUCGUCCUGUGUCGCCUGUUCGUGCUGUUCACGCUAGUCGUCGUGUUUCGCGUCAGCGUCCUCCUGCGGUCCCGGGCACGCAUCAGAUGGCACUGCGACCUUCCACUACUCCGCAACGCGUCCCUUUGCCGUCUCCUCCAGAGUCCUCUCUUCCUGCUCUUGCUGACCCGGAGUCUGACUCCCUUCGUGCUGCCAGUCCUACUAUCACGCGUCUCCUGGCUACUGUUGUCAGUGACCCUUCCUUUGAGUCCACUGCUGCGUUUGCCUCAGUUGCUGAGCUGGUAGACUUCGCUGCUCACUGCCGUCUAGACUACGCUGCUAGUCUUGUUGCUGAGUCUGAGUCUGUCUGUCCUCCGUCUGUCGGGGGUGAGUGUGCUCUUAGCGCGGACAUCCUUGAGGACAGGCAGGAGGAGUUCCAACAUCCCUACUCCUCACAGUGGCAGUCAGCCAUGGACGCAGAGAUGGCUUCCUGGAAGUCCACAGGCACCUACGUCGACGAGGUUCCCCCACCUGGGGCGAACAUCGUCAGUGGUAUGUGGAUUUUGAGGGUGAAGCGGCCGCCGGGUUCUCCGCCUGUCUUCAAGGCGCGUUAUGUGGCUCGAGGCUUCAGUCAGUGGCAGGGAGUUGACUACUUUCAGACCUUCUCUCCCACCCUGAAGAUGACCACUCUUCGGGUACUGCUGCACAUAGCCGCUCAGCGCGACUACGAGCUUCACUCUCUUGACUUCAGCACAGCUUUCUUGCAGGGCAGCCUGCACGAGGAGAUCUGGGCGCCCCGUGAGUGGCACGACACACUGAGGACUACACUUGCGGCUCUUGGGUUUGCUCCUUCUACUGCCGACCCGUCGCUGUUUUUGCGCAACGACACCUCUCUGCCGCCGUUCUACAUCCUCAUGUACGUCGACAACUUCGUCUUUGCCACUGUUGACACUGCAAGACUCGCCCACGUGAAGUCUGAGCUGCAGAAGAGACACACGUGCACAGACCUAGGUGAACUGCGCAGCUACCUUGGCUUGCAGAUCACCCGGGACAGAGCACAGCGCACCAUUGCCCUGACUCAGUCUCACAUGGUGCAGCAGGUCCUUCAGCGCUUCGACUUCACGUACUCCUGUGAGGCUGAGAUCUACACGGGGGCCAUGGCUGCACAGGAGCUACGCUGGCUCACCUACCUGGUGACUGACCUAGGAGAGCCGCCUCGUUCUCCUCCAGUUCUGUACGUAGACAACAAGGCUAUGCUGGCCUUGUGUCGGGAGCACAGGCUGGAGCACAGAACAAAGUACAUUGCUCUUCGUUACUUCCUUGCUCGUGAGCUGCAGCAGCGUGGUCAGUUGUGCCUUGCUUACGUGGCCUCUGAGGCCAACACUGCUGAUGUCUUCACCAAGGCACUUCCGCCUUGUGAUCAUCAGCAGUGCUGUACGAUGCUAGGUCUUGUGCCUUCUUGGCCUCACUUGCUCACUUCUUGA